UGAGGAUGAGGCGUGCGAGCGUGUGGCCAACCUCUUCCCGGGUAGCUGCCCAGCGAGCCUUGCCUAACGGGGCUCUCGACACCACUGUGAAGAUGACCCGGGGCGUGUCUCGCAGCCCUUGGAUCCCUGGAACGGCAUUUGGCAGGAGGCUACAGUUUGCUUGAGAGAGUGAUGUGGCUGCAGUGGCCGGUGGCCAGGCUUUGGAGAAGCCUCAAGAUGCAGGCUGGGGCUCGAAGAAGCAAAGGAGCUAUAUAAGGCGGGAGCCGGCAGGCGAGGGGGGCAGCGCAGCCGAGCAGAGCCCAGGAGAGGAGAGAGAGUGAGCGCCUGAGCGAGAGACGGGGAAGCCGGGAAGAGGCAGCCACCGGCGCGGCGGGACGCGAACGCAGGUGUCCGGGGCGCCGGCCUGGAGCUCCGCAGCCGCGAGCCAUGUACCGCUCCACCAAGGGCGCCUCUAAGGCGCGCCGGGACCAGAUCAACGCGGAGAUCCGGAACCUCAAGGAGCUGCUGCCGCUGGCCGAAGCGGACAAGGUCCGGCUCUCCUAUCUGCACAUCAUGAGUCUCGCCUGCAUCUACACUCGCAAGGGCGUCUUCUUUGCCGGAGGCUCUCCUCUGGCUGGCCCCACGGGGCUGCUCUCAGCCCAGGAGCUUGAAGACAUCGUGGCAGCACUCCCCGGAUUCCUGCUGGCGUUCACAGCGGAGGGGAAGUUGCUGUAUCUGUCCGAGAGUGUGAGCGACCACCUGGGCCACUCCAUGGUGGAUCUGGUGGCUCAAGGAGACAGCAUCUACGACAUCAUUGACCCCGCUGACCACAUAACUGUGCGCCAGCAGCUCACCCUGCACUCGGCUCUGGACACUGACCGUCUCUUCCGCUGUCGCUUCAACACCUCCAAGUCCCUCAGGCGCCAGAGUGCCGGCAACAAACUGGUGCUAAUCCGCGGCCGCUUCCACGCUCACCCGCCUGGAGCCUACUGGGCAGGCAACCCCGUGUUCACAGCCUUCUGUGCACCCCUGGAGCCGAGGCCCCGCCCUGGACCCGGCCCAGGCCCCGGCCCCGGCCCCGCCUCCCUCUUCCUGGCUAUGUUCCAGAGCCGCCACGCCAAGGAUCUGGCCCUCCUAGACAUCUCUGAGAGCGUCCAAAUCUACCUGGGCUACGAGCGCACUGAACUGCUCUGUAAGUCAUGGUACGGACUGCUGCACCCCGAGGACCUGGGCCACGCCUCUGCUCAGCACUACCGACUGUUGGCUGAGAAUGGAGACAUUCAGGCCGAGAUGGUGGUGCGGCUGCAAGCCAAGGCCGGCGGCUGGGCGUGGGUUUACUGCCUGUUAUACUCAGAAGGCCUGGAGGGGCCCAUCACUGCCAACAACUACCCGAUCAGUGACACAGAGGCCUGGAGCCUCCGCCAGCAGCUGAACUCGGAAAACAGCCAGCCCGGCUACCUCCUGGGCACCCCCGCCGCACUGACCCCCUUCCCGCAGGCCAUGGUCAGCCAGGAGCAGUGCUCCAGCCCUGACCCCCUGUUCACCCCUGCCCCAGCGGGCCCCAGGAGCACCAGUUUCUCCGGCGCCCCCGAACUGGGGGCUGCCUCCACGUCAGAAGAGCUUCGGCGGCCCCGCAAGGAGCCGAGCUUCACUUACCUGACCUUCCCGGCCGGCGCAGAGCCGCCCCUGCAGGCCGAGCUGAGCAAGGACCUCGUGUGCACGCCCCCCUACACGCCCCACCAGCUGGGGGGCUGCGCCUUCCUCUUCAGCCUCCACGAGCCCUUCCAGACCCACCUGCCCACCGCCUCGGGUGCUCUCCACGAGCAGCUGACCCCCAGCACGGCCACCUUCUCUGAGCAGCUGACCCCCAGCAGCGCCACCUUCCCGGAGCCGCUGACCAGCCCACUCCCGGGCCAGCUGACCGAAGCGGCCGUCGGCGGCUAUGAAGACGUGCUGGGGGCCGGAGCCUCAUCCUUCCCAGACCAGCUGCUGCCCAGCACGGCCACCUUUCCUGAGCCGCUGGGCAGCCCCACCCAGGAGCAGCUGACCCCACCCACGACGGCCUUUCAGGCCCACCUGAGCAGCCCCGGCCAGACUUUCCCGGAGCCGCUCAGCCCCAAUCCCCCCAAGACGUACUUCGCCCAGGAGGGCUGCAGUUUUCUCUAUGAGAAGUUGCCCCCGAGCCCCAGCAGCCCUGGUAAUGGGGACUGCACACUCCUGGCCCUCGCCCAGCUCCGGGGCCCGCUCUCCGUGGACGUGCCCCUGGUGCCCGAAGGCCUGCUCACCCCCGAGGCCUCGCCCGUCAAGCAGAGUUUCUUCCACUACUCGGAGAAGGCGCAGAGUGAGAUCGAACGGCUCAUCCAGCAGAUUGGCCAGCUGGCCCAGGGCUCAGACAGGCCCUUCUCGGCCGAGGCCGGCGCCGGCGGCCUGGAGUCACUCGGAGGACUGGAGCCGCUGAACCCCAACCUGUCCCUGUCGGGGGCCGGCCCCCCUGUGCUCAGCCUGGACCUGAAGCCCUGGAAGUGCCAGGAGCUGGACUUCCUGGCGGGUUCCAACAACCUAUUCCUGGAGGAGAUGCCCGUGGAAGACAUCUUCAUGGAUCUCUCCAGCCCAGACCCCAGUGGGGAGUGGGGCUCCGGGGAGCCCGAGGCCGCCGUCCCGGCAGGGACCCCUUCGCCUUGCAACAACCUGUCCCCAGAAGACCAUAGCUUCCUGGAGGACCUGGCCACCUAUGAAACCGCCUUUGAGACAGGUGUCUCAGCUUUCCCCUACGAUGGGUAUACUGAUGAGUUGCAUCAACUCCAGAGCCAAGUUCAAGACAGCUUCCAUAAAGAUGGAAGUGGAGGGGAACCAGCGUUUUGAAUAAGUCUGUGACUUAACGUCGUCAAGUAUGGCAUAUUGUCAUCAAGACGUGGAGCCGCUCUCCACCCCCCCGGAACUGCUGGGGGGAUUCUGGAGGCCGGAGGGGGAUAUAUCUGAUUCCCCAGGCCUUGCAGGAUUUGGGGGGAGGGGGUGGGCGGGCCAGGGGAGGGGAGCUUCUUUUUAAAAUGUAGACACUCCUGGACACCCCAGCUUCCCUUUCAAUCUGUAUUCACUCGUAGUGAGUUUCCUUGAAUGGGAUUUCAAGCGGAGAAUGGGGGAGUCUCACUUCCCCCCCACGCUGCCCCAUGGGCCUGGGUCACUUCUCCACUCCUGGGGGCCAAAUCCCCACCCCCGCCAGGCCUUGGUGGGGGAAAGGCCCUGCCCACGGGCCCACCCGUGCCCCUCGGGGCCCUUGACACCCACGUAGAAUUCUCUACACACCAGUAACGGGAUUUCAAUUCCUGUGGACGCUGCCGCCCUGGCGGCCCUUCUUGUGACUUUUGCGCCCCGCGCCUGGGGUGGGGGGUGCGAAGAGACGCGACAUUCCUUUCCGCUGGAGGAAGGCAGUCCUGCCGCUGUCACGCGUGUGCUCGCCCGAGUGCGUCUCCUGGUGCGGGGCUCUCCUGGCCCCCAGACUGCCUGCACCCGCCCAGGCGGCCACCUCGUGGUGCUGCGGUGACUUUGUAGCCAACUUUAUAAUAAAGUCCAGUUUGCCUUUUUGGUA